UUUCUAGUGUGAUUCUGUUUUUGUUCUUAUAUAGUUGCCUUCUUUUUCUUUCUAUUUCUUCGUGAGUGCAGAUCAAGCCAUUGAACCAUUCUCACGAUUUACCACCACCGGGAAAAAAGGGACGGCCUUAUAUAUGUAGUUGCAUGAUUUUCCUCCGGCCUACAGAUGGAGCAAAGCUAAUUUUGAAAAAGUGGUUAGAGGAACUUCAGAUGGAGCCAUGGUCUAGAACCAAGAAAUCUAAUGAUCAACCUGCUUUUAACUGGGCUUUAAUGAAGAAUGCUAAAGAGGCCGAUCUGUACCUGCUUCCUCAAGAAGCAUUUCCUACAGGCGGUUUAUAUUUCAAGAACAAAACAUGGGUCAAGGAAACUAAAGGAAAGCAUGUCAUAAUUCACAACAAUUAUAUAGUUGGUUUUGAGAAGAAGAUAAAGAGAUUUCGCGACUAUGGUUUCUGGUUGGUGGAUGACCAUAAACAAGAGUCGCCUCUGGGUGGAUUAUGACGCUACCUUGUUACAAGUUUAUCUUCGGCCUAAUUUGGUCCCUAAGCAUUUGAAUUCAGAACAUGCCUUCUGCCAAACUGUUCAGCCUGACUUGCUUGAUUGAUAUUUUUUCUGAAGAUGU